AUGGAAGGAAAGAAUCAAACUCCAUCUGAAUUCAUCAUCUUGGGGUUCUCCCACCUGAAUGAACUCCAGUAUUUACUCUUCACCAUCUUCUUUUUAACCUACAUAUGCACUUUAGGAGGCAAUGUUUUUAUCAUCGUGGUGACCAUAGCUGAUUCCCACCUACACACACCUAUGUAUUAUUUUCUAAGAAAUCUUGCCCUUAUUGAUAUCUGCUACACUACUACUAAUGUCCCCCAGAUGAUGGUGCAUCUUCUGUCAGAGAAGAAAACCAUUUCCUAUGGAGGCUGUGUGACCCAGCUCUUUGCAUUCAUUUUCUUUGUUGGCUCAGAGUGUCUCCUCCUGGCAGCAAUGGCAUAUGACCGAUACAUUGCUAUCUGCAAGCCCUUAAGAUAUUCAUUUAUUAUGAACAAGGCCCUGUGCAGUUCAUUAGCAGCCUCAUGCUGGUCAGGUGGGUUUCUCAACUCAGUGGUGCACACAGUUCUGACCUUCCUCCUGCCCUUCUGUGGUAACAAUCAAAUCAAUUAUUUCUUCUGUGACAUACCUCCCUUGCUGAUCUUGUCUUGUGGUGAUACUGCCCCCAAUGAAUUGGCUUUGCUGUCCAUCGGGAUCCUCAUAGGUUGGACUCCUGUCCUGUGCGUCAUCCUUUCCUACCUUUACAUCAUCUCCACCAUCCUGAGGAUCCGCUCCUCUGAGGGGAGGCACAAAGCCUUUUCCACUUGCGCCUCCCACCUGCUCAUUGUUAUUCUGUAUUAUGGCAGUGCCAUCUUCACAUAUGUGAGGCCCAUCUCAUAUUACUCACUAGAGAAAGACAGAUUGAUCUCAGUGUUGUACAGUGUUGUCACGCCCAUGCUGAAUCCUGUAAUUUAUACACUAAGGAAUAAGGACAUCAAAGAGGCUGUAAAGGCCAUAGGGAGAAAGUGGCAGCCACCAGUUUUCUCUUCUGAUAUGUAA